AUGGCUAAAUAUUACUUUGUAUUUGGUGAAGGCAGUAAAAUAAAUCAAAUAAUAUGUGCAGUUUUAAUAAACCUGCCUUUAUUUGCGUACGGCGCAAGCAUCGGAUGGUUGUCACCGAUGACUCUUCUACUUCAAUCUAAAGAUUCUCCGACUGGUAGACCUCUAACAGAUACAGAAAUAUCAUGGAUGGCAUCAGCGGCGUACUUAAUAUGCUGUCCUGCCGAUUUUCUUAUGGCAUUUAUGGGAGAUAGGAUUGGAAGGAAAUAUACAUUAUUAUUUAUAACAUCUACUCUGGUCGGCUGUUGGAUAAUAAAAUUGGCAUCGUAUGAGGUGCCAGCAUUUAUAGCAGCUAGAGCUUUAGUCGGUUUGAAUAUGGCUGGAUGUUUUGUCAUCUGCCCAAUAUAUACUAAGGAGAUCAGCCAGGAUUCUAUAAGAGGAUUUUUAGGAACAAUGUUAGUAUUAUUCCAAACUACCGGCAAUCUCUUUGGGUAUGUCAUGGGAGAUCUGUUAACCUAUAACACGUUCUUAUGGGUUUGCCUAGCAUUGCCCACGCUGCAUCUGAUUCUUUUUAUGAUGAUGCCGGAGUCGCCAUCUUUUUUACUGAAGCAGGGAAAUGUAGAGGAAGCCACUAGAGUCUUGGCUUGGCUUCGAUGCAGAACUGAAGAUGAUGUGGUGAUCAAGAAUGAGCUACAGAUCAUGAAGAAGGAACAAGAAAAAGAUAGUGAAGGAAGCAAAUUUCUACUUAAGAAUAUCUUAUCAGAUAGAAUAUUACGACGGGCAUUCAUCAUUGCAAUGGUCGUAACGUUGGCAAGGGAGGUAUGUGGUGCAAUCCCGGUACUCAGUUUCGCUGGUGAUAUAUUUUCAAUGGCUUCUAAAGGAUCAAGUUUGGUGCUUUCACCAAAUCAACAAGCUAUGAUGCUUGGAGCGGUACAAGUAGCUGGAUCGGCGUUAGCGUCCAGUGUUGUUGAAAAGGCAGGGCGGAAAAUGCUCUUGUUCAUAACUUCUUUGAUCUCCGGAUUGAGCAUGUGUGGUCUGGCUUCGUGGUUCUUGGUCAAAAAUUUGGGAUAUUACGCUCCAGCAUGGAUUCCUGUCGUCACAUUAUGCGUUUCCAUCUUCUGUGAUGCCUCUGGUCUACAGCCGGUUUCUAUGGUGCUGACCGGUGAAAUUGUAUCAUUUAAGUAUCGUGGCACUGUGAUGGCUAUCACCAUGGCAGCAGCGUCAUUCUCAGCUUUCUUACAAAUGCUAUUCUUCAAACCAUUGGCGACAGCAAUUGGAGUACACGUAGCCUUUUACUUCUUCUUUGGAAUUUGCGUGACAGCAGCAAUAUACGUAUUGAUAUUUAUACCAGAAACAAGAAAUAAAACAUUGGAUCAAAUCUACGAGGCGUUAAAGAUAAAGAAAGAGAAAAUAAAAGAGAAGCAAUUGACCAAAUCGGAGGAUUGUUAG